CGAAAACGGAAAUGCGCCAAGACCUCUCUAGGAAUUUCUUCGGAGCUCUGCGCCGCCAGAACUGGAAAUAGGCCGUCGUUGAGACCUCUCUAGCCGUUUAUUUGGAUCUCUGCUGCUCCGAAAACGGAUAUGGGCCGCCGCCAAGACCCCUCUAGGAAUUUCCUUGGCUCUCUGCGGCGCCGGAAGCGGAAAUGGCCCGUCGUCAAGGCGACGCGCUCCGGCUUCUCCCCAGCGGGCGGCGGGAGUUGCCAUGGAGGAGUCUCCGGCCCAGACCCCGUCGUCUCCCCGGGAGGCGACUCCGCGGCGCAGUCCCAGGCCCCACAGCGGCUCGGGUCCGGCCCGCACCUACAGCCUGCGGCCCGCCUUCCAGCACAAGUCAGUGGCCGGGAGGGGGAGGGGCUGGCAAAAACGAAGCAGACAAGCCCCUCCCCCCAUAGGGGGAAAUGGGCCCCUUCGCUCCCCCCCGCCGCCCUGCAGGGAGCUCAAGGCGGGGCUUGCUGGGUCCAACAUCUGGAUCCCACCAGGUUCUCCAUUCCCCUUUGGAGGCCGACACGCAGCACUCUUCCAGGGGCUACAAAUCCACCUCGAUCCCUUUACAGUGGUACCUCAGGUUACAGACGCUUCAGGUUACAGACUCCGCCAACCCAGAAAUAGUACCUCAGAUUAAGAACUUUGCUUCAGGAUGAGAACAGAAAUCGUGCAGCGGCAGCAGGAGGCCCCAUUAGCUAAAGUGGUGCUUCAGGUUAAGAACAGUUUCAGGCUAAGAACAGACCUUCGAAACGAAUUAAGUACUUAACCCGAGGUACAGUGGUCCCUUGUUUCUCAAACACCUUGGUACUCAAACACUGCAAACACGGAAGGAAGUGUUCCAGUCUGCAAACUUUUUUCGGAAGCCAAAUGUGCUCCAAUUUGAGUGUUAAGCUGAGGUCUUUCUGGUUUUGCUAUGUAUUUUGCAUUUUGCAGGGAUACGGGUGGCGCUGUGGGUUAAACCACAGAGCCUAGGACUUGCUGAUCAGAAGGUCGGCAGUUCGAAUCCCCGUGACAGGGUGAGCUCCCGUUGCUCGGUCCCUGGUCCCGCCAACCUAGCAGUUCGAAACACGUCAAGUGCAAGUAGAUAAAUAGGUACCGCUCUGGCGGGAAGGUAAACGGCGUUUCUGUGCGCUGCUCUGGUUUGCCAGAAGCGGCUUAGUCAUGCUGGCCACAUGACCCGGAACCUGUAUGGCUCCUUCAGCCAAUAAAACGAGAUGAGCGCCGCAACCCCAGAGUCGGCCACGACUGGACCUAAUGGUCAGGGGUCCCUUUAACUUUACCUUGCUUUUUUUUGUGGCUUUUUUGUUUUGUUUUGUUACUGUGUAGCUCAGCUACUGAUUGAUUGAUUGAUUGAUUGAUUGUGUGACUGCAGAACAUUGUUUUUUGCUUUCAUUUUAUGGAUCAGUGGUCUCGCUAAACAGUAAAAUUCAUGUUAAAUGGCUGUUUUAGGGGUUGUUUUUAAAGGUCUGGAACGGAUUAAUCCAUUUUGCAUUACUUUCUAUGGGAAAGCGCACCUUGCUUUUGGAAUGGACUUCCGGAACGGAUUAAGUUUGAGAACCAAGGUACCACUGUAUUUUCAAUAACUUUCAGAUCCUUUCUUAUGUUGACUUGAAGCUGGCAUACAUUUAGUUCCCAGUCACUGAACUACUGAGCAUCAGCACAUAUCCUGCAUCCUAAGCCUUCCAGCCAUGACCUGAUACUUACCGUAUUUUUUGCUCUCUAAGACUCACUUUUUCCCUCCUAAAAAGUAAGGGGAAAUGUGUGUGCGUCUUAUGGAGCGAAUGCAGACUGCGCAGCUAUCCCAGAAGCCAGAACAGCAAGAGGGACCGCUGCUUUCGCUGCGCAGCGAUCCCUCUUGCUGUUCUGGCUUCUGGGAUUCAGAAUAUUAUUAUUUUUUUGUUUUCCUCCUCCAAAAAUUGGGUGCGUCUUAUGGUUUGGUGUAUCUUAUAGAGCGAAAAAUAUAGUAGUUGUUUUCCCAUGUGCUGGGUGUCUGUUCAUUUGUUGUAUAGGAAUGCCAUCAGUCAAGGCCCUUCUUCCCACCUGCAUUCUCAAGUGGUACAGCCCCUGCAGGCUUAAACCUUAUGAAGAUGUAAACUGAGUGUGAAUCCUCUCAAAGAUGUACGCCUGAAGUUUGGGAGUUGUCACAAAUCAGACAUCCCAGACUCCAGUUAUUUGUUAUACUGAUGGAGGGGAGAUAUAACUGUACGCCAUUCUUUCCUAUUAGAUUCCGCCCUUCUACGGUGAAAGAUUGUAUCCAUGAGGUGUUAAAAGAGGAGCUGGCCAGUGUGCAGUACAACCCUGAAGAGAUCCCACAGCUCACCAAAUCCUUAUCAGAGACGAUCCUGGAAAAGUUAAAAGGUAAGAGCAUGUGCCAAGAGUAAUUGCCUUUUUCUUCCUAUAUCUUCCUGCCCAACUCACCCACCCUUUCUCUCUCUUGGACACACACACACACACCCUUGCUGAUGUUCUUCCAUCUGGCCAAACAUAUGAUGUGACAAUAUACAGGUGUGAAAUCUUUCAAUUUUCCCCAAUCCUUUUUCUUCCCCAUCUUUCUUUCUAGAGAAAGGUUUUCACCGAUAUAAAAUGGUGGUGCAAGUGGUGAUCGGAGAACAGAGAGGCGAAGGAGUUAAGUAAGUUAGGCUUCCCUCCCUUCCCACCAAAUCAUUCACAUUUCUUAAUAUUUUGCACUGUGGGUUGUUGUUGUUGUUGUUGUUGUUGUUGUUGUUGUUGUGUGUGUAUGCCUUUGUAAAUUGUGAAAUCUGAGGGUUCAUAUUUAUCCCGAGCAUUCUACAAUUGACAAAUUUACACAAUUCCUCUGGGGACUUAAUGUAUUCUGACUUGCACAGCACACCCCCAACAUUCAGAGCAAAUUAAACACCUUUGUAGUGAUAGCAUGUUUGGUGUGGGUAACUCCCCCUUCCUUCACUUCACCUGGAGGGUUUCCAUGCCUGUUCUCACUUUUUUGGUCUCCAUAUGGUUCUUCUGGGUUUCACCAGCACAUAUUUGGAGGCAUUGGGUUGCCUGCAAAACAGCUUCCACCCACACAACUGAACUGUCCCUCUCCACCCCCUGCAUGCCCCCCCAAAUCUAUUCUGAGGGAUCCCGCAGCCCUCCAGAGUAAAUUUUGUAGGCAUGCAAGGGGGAGGAGAGGGAAGAGAAGUUCCAUUGCAGAAGCAAAUUUGUUCCGCAAGCCCAAUGACUUCAUUAUGUUCAACCAAACUGUCCUCUUCUUGUUUGGGAUCAACCCUGUUGGUCCCCACCCCGGGGGGGAUUUUGGGGAAGCAUUUUCAGCGUAUCAAGGAAAUGAACAGUCUCGAAAUGCGGCUGAUUAUCACCAACUGAUGUUUUUCUUUGUCAAUGGACGGUUGCUCAUUUGUUUCUUCAGCAUGGCUGCACGGUGCUUCUGGGAUUCAGACACAGACAACUACGCUCAGGAUAUUUUCAUGAAUGUAAGUGACUUGCUGCUUUUGCCAUGCAUCACCCAUUGAAGGCUGCUUAAAAACCGUGUGUCCUGAUGUUCUCAUGUGUAAAACCUACAAAAAUUGCAGAAGAAAAUUUCCAUCAUGCUUGUUACUGCACCAGAUUCCCAAAGUCAUGAAUUUGUUUGCCUCUGAGGUUGUUUUCGCUCACGGAGGUGUUCUCCUUUCUGCAGGACACCCUCUUCUGUGUGGUGGUUGCCUUUGGCUGUUUCUUCUACUGACGCUGGUGAAAAGUUCAAAGAAGAUCACUGUUUCAAAUAUAUUUUUGAGGAUGGACACUCCCGUUUACAAAAUACAUUUUCUACUUGAUGCUUUUAUGAUGGAUUUCUGCUGCUGCUUUGUACAUAGCUAGAGUUUUCUGCACAAGCCCCACUGAAAAAAUGAGAUACUUCUCUUACACAGCUCCUGUUCCUUUCAACAAGGUUUGUACUGGAGAAUUUCCUGCCAACUUCAACCCUAUAUUUACUUGCAACAUUUUCUCUGCGAUUGGUGGCUAAUGAGACCCAUCUGGUUACAACCAUUACAAACAAUUGAAAUUUCUGGUUGCAGAUUCAUUGAGUCUGCUGCGAAUGCUAAACUCGUGCUGCAUCCCAGUCUAUUUGAAUGAAUAUGUUAAAAUCUCACUGAGAAUUGUAUAAAUGCACUCUAUAAUUUUACCGUGG